AUGCCAGAAAUUAUACAAAAGAAACUCAAAGUUUCAGCAUUAUGUGAGUUAUGUCAUGCUAGAAAAGCAGUAAUGAAAAGACCAAAGAAUUUAAUGAAGUUAUGUAAAGAAUGUUUUUAUAAUGUAUUUGAAACAGAAAUUCACAAUACUAUAGUAUCAAAUAAUUUAUUUUCACCCGGUGAUAAAAUAGCUAUAGGUGCUAGUGGUGGUAAAGAUUCAACUGUAUUAGCAUCUGUCUUGAAAACACUCAAUGAAAGGUAUAAUUAUGGUUUACAUUUAGUUUUAUUAAGUAUUGAUGAAGGUAUAGUAGGUUAUCGAGAUGAUUCAUUAGCAACUGUUAAACGAAAUCAAAAACAAUAUAAUAUGCCAUUAGAAAUUGUAUCAUAUAAAGAUUUAUAUAAUUGGUCAAUGGAUGAAAUUGUUUCAUGUGCUGGUAUUAGAUCCUCAUGUACUUAUUGUGGUGUAUUACGUAGACAAGCACUAGAUAGAGGUGCUGAAAAAUUAGGUAUAAAUCAUGUUGUAACAGGUCAUAAUGCAGAUGAUGUUGCAGAAACAGUACUAAUGAAUAUACUAAGAGGUGAUAUUAAUCGUUUGGAAAGUUCAACUAGAAUAUUAACCGAUUCUGAUAAUUCACCAGUUAAAAGAUCAAAACCAUUUAAGUACACUUAUCAAAAGGAAAUUGUUUUAUAUGCACAUUAUAAGAAAUUGGAUUAUUUUUCAACUGAAUGUACUUAUGCACCAGAAGCAUUUAGAGGUACAGCAAGAGAAUUAUUAAAAGGGUUAGAAAGUAUAAGACCUUCAUGUAUAAUGGAUAUUAUAUAUAGUGGGGAACAUUUAAGUUUAGCUCCAAAAAAGAAGAAACAAACAGUAGCAUAUAAAAAUAAAAAGAGAAUAGAACAAGAGAUAAAUCAAGAUGGACUGGUGAAAUUAGAUACAAAACCAAAAACAAAUAAAUGUGAAAAAUGUGGUUAUUUAUCAUCAAAUAAAAUUUGUAAAGCUUGUGUUCUACUACAAGGUUUGGAAUUGAAUAGAGCAAAAGUUAGCUUGGAUAGUAAUUCAGCUAUUGAUGGUGCUGCAAAACUAUCGAAAACAUUAGAAGGUUUAUCAUUUUAA